CACGUCACGUCAUUGGGGAAUGCCCAAACCAAAGGCCUGUGAUUGUGAAAUCAGGGAAUUUCCGGAACUCCUCUCAUAUGCAAAUUAUAUAUAUUUAUAUGCAAAUUAUACGAUUUCGACAUUGUUCACUGUAUUUCAAAUAUUUGUAUAACUUGCGGGCCGGCUGGGUUUUAGUUCGUCAAUGCGUCAUCGUGCGCUGGCACUGCAUACAGUGCAUGAUGAGCGCUCAGUCAGUGCAUGCAGUGUAUGAAGAUUGCACAAUUUGAAUUCGCAAGAUGGUGAUUUGCAACAUCAUGUGACAUAUCUCUGUUGAUCUCCGUUGAUGCUUGUCAGCAGUUUUGUUUCCUGAAAAUUGGGUGGACGGGAAAUAGAAGCAAAAAAGCUUUUGAAAUCAACAUUUAAACUUUGAACUCUGGUGUUUUUAAGAAAUAUAUUCCUCAUCUGCAAGUGGUACAUCUUUUGACUCUGAAUGAAGUGACAAGAUCUUAAUAUGGAGACAAGGACAUACAUGUACUUGAUUGUGUGGACAAACUAAAUCGAACGUGUUUACUCCAGUCCUGGUUUUUAGAAUAGAACUUCAGGAUUUGCUUCAAGUUCACCGUUUAUUACAUCAGCAAAAUCAAGAAAGAACGUCGUAUCAGCUUGAAUUUGGAGAAUGGAUAUGACUCGAUCAUCAGGUCAAUGUCUGUGACACCUGCAGACAAGCCUACUGAUAACUGAGAAAAACAAAUUGUAUUUAACAGUCAAGUGAACUGUUUAACAUGAACACACCAACCAGGGAAGAAAUUCUUCUGGUUUUGAGAGGAUCAUUUUGUGAAUCAUUCGACGAGUCCCUUGGAAAAUGGAAAGGUCCCUUCACACCCGCCAAGUUCCAAAUUUUGCAGAGUGAAAAUGACUUUAUGUUGAGAAUUUCUACUGAUAUCGACAAACAGUCAGAUCCUCUGGUUUUCGUAAGCUGCAGGAAAAUCAGUUCCGUCAAGAAACUCACUGAGGUACUGCUUCAGAUCAACCUGAGGGGCACCCCCAUCAGCGUCGCCUUCUGCAUUCAGUUCACCGUUGCUAAAGACCAGAACCAUUUCUUCCUUAUCCUCAAGAAUGCGGCCGAAGAACUCAAGUCCAGGGCUUAUGAUCGAGGCAUGUCAAACCAGCAACCAAACUCACCAGGAUCAGCAGCAAAACCCAAACCCACUGAUCAACUAGAAGAUCCACUAUAUUGUGAUCGAAUCGGCCCGUCGAGUCCUCAGCAUCCGUUGCUUCCACCACUGCCACCAAGAUCUCCUAGAUAUAAAACUGAAACAUCACGAGCACCCAUGGCAACCAUGGUAGCUACUCAUUUUGCCGGCGUGAGCAGCGGUUCGGAAUCACCAGUAAAAGGGGCAGAAAUGGAUGCUUUGAUUGCCAACCUGCAGCGGCAAGUAGCCGCGGGUGACUCUGCAGGGGCCUGCGAAACCAUCACAAUCCUUGCGCAGAAGAAGACCAAACUCAGCAUGAGUGUGGACGAGAUUGGCGACUUGCCAGGAAUUCGCAGUAAAUUCAAGCUUGAGGUGCAUGUGGAGGAUAUUCAGUCAUCGGGUGCCAAGAUCAAACUGUCAGACGUGACCCCAAACAUGACCAUCGGAUACCUCAAGAAACUGGUUUUCACGCAGUACAACUUCCCUGUGGAGGUCCAGUGUUGGAUCAUUGGCCGUAGGAUCAUCCGGGAUUUUGAGACACUGAUGGCGUGUCGUAUCAACUCCAGCACGCCGGUCUUCCUAUACCUGAUCUCUGCUGAGAAGGCGGGGAUCACACAGCAGCAAGCACAGAUGAGCCGACAGGCCAUGAUGGCACAACCGAUGCAGAUGGGGAUGAUGAGACAAGUCCCGGCCCCAAUACCACCAAGGGAUGCCCAUCCAAUACUAGCUGCUACUGCCAACCCCGGCCUCAGCCUACCUAGCAGAUCCUCACAACGAGAACCAACCAGAGACAUGCCUGUAUUUUCUGCUGUCCCUCCGAUCCCUCAGCCGCUACUGGCGCCUAGGAAGCCUACAGCCGAACAGGUUGGAUGGCAUUGCCCCGCCUGUACCCUGAUCAACCCCCCUACUGUGCCAGGCUGCAGGGUCUGCAUGGAAGGAAGGCCCGCUAGUUACCAGGUACCUGCCCCAGACUCCUACAUCAUGGACCCAGAAGAGAAGGCUAAACAGGACGAGCUACUUCGCAACGAGAGACUCAUCGAAGAGAUGGAGAGAAAACAGAAGUUGGACGCCGAGCUGAACCGAGACACCAACUACCAAGCCCUCCUGAUGGCAGACACACCGGGUCUGAUCCCCAAUGCUGAGGAGUUUGAGUGUCUAAUCUGUUAUAGCGAAGUACCUGCAGGGGAAGGGGUCUUACUCAGAGAGUGCCUGCAUACGUUCUGCAAAGAUUGUCUACAGGGCCAUAUAUCUCACAACAGGGAACCAGUGAUAAUGUGUCCCUACAAUGAUGGAACAUACACCUGCCCAGAGGCACUAUUAGAGAGAGAAAUAAAAGCGCUGGCCAGUCCAGAAGAGUUUGCCCACUACCUCCAGCGCGGUCUGACAGUGGCCGAGAGUCAAGACCCAAACAGCUUCCACUGUAAGACGCCGGACUGUGCUGGCUUCUGUUUCUACGACGACAACAUCAACUUCUUCCAGUGUCCCAUCUGCGGUAAGGAGAACUGCCUGACCUGCAAAGCCAUCCACCAGGGAUUGAACUGUAAGGAAUAUCAAGAUGAUCUGCAGAGGAGAGCGGCUAACGACAAGGCGGCGCUGAUGACCAAAAUGAUGCUGGAGAAAAUGAUUUCUAGCGGAGAAGCCAUGAAAUGUCCGCAGUGCAGUAUCAUCAUGGUCAAGAAGGAGGGAUGUGAUUGGAUCAUGUGCUCCAUGUGUAAACUGGAAGUGUGCUGGGUAACCAAGGGGCCGCGAUGGGGACCAGCGGGUAACGGAGACACAACCGGUGGAUGCAAAUGCCGUUUAAAUGCCAAGCGAUGUCAUCCCAAGUGUCAGAAUUGCCACUGAUGUCAGGCAAGCAGUUUGCCUAGAGUGAGCUUCUCGUGCAAAAAUACUACACUUCUAGCUGUCUGUCUUCUGUGAGAUUUGCUGUGGAUUUUGACACUCACAUGACUGGUGCCUUGCGUUAAUAUUUGCGCACAUUCAAGUGAUAUUUGGUCCUUCAUGCUUGAACCUGCAGUCACAUGAAGACUGGACUUCACCACAAACUGCUCUUGGAUCCAUAUGAAUUAUCAGCUCACAAGCCAACCAAAUAUUUUGGUGUCCAACUUCAAAAUACUAAGUACAAAUAAUUUAGUUAUUAUUAAUUAUUAUUUCUGGUAAUGAAACCAAUCAUUCCUAAAAAAGUGCCCUACGCACUGUAGCUCGCAAGCCUGAAAAAUCCUGUAG